AUGUUCUCUAGCUCCAACAAGCUUCAUGAGUAUAUUAGCCCUAACACCACAACGAAGGAGAUUGUAGAUCUGUACCAAACAGUUUCUGAUGUUGAUGUUUGGAGCACUCAAUAUGAGAGAAUGCAAGAAACCAAGAGGAAACUGUUGGAGACAAAUAGAAAUCUCCGGACUCAGAUCAAGCAAAGGCUAGGUGAGUGUUUGGACGAACUUGAUAUUGAGGAGCUUCGUCGUCUUGAGGAUGAAAUGGAAAACACUUUCAAACUCGUUCGCGAGCGCAUGAUUAAAUCUCUUGGGAAUCAGAUCGAGACCACCAAGAAAAAGAACAAAAGUCAACAAGACAUACAAAAGAAUCUCAUACAUGAGCUGGAACUAAGAGCAGAAGAUCCUCACUAUGGUCUAGUAGACAAUGGAGGAGACUACGAUGCGGUUCUUGGAUAUCAAAUCGAAGGGUCACGUGCUUACGCCCUUCGUUAUCACCAGAACCAUCAUCACCAUUACCCCAACCAUGCCCUUCAUGCACCCUCUGCCUCUGACAUCAUUACCUUUCACCUUCUUGAAUAA